ACAGAGUCAGAAUACAACACUGACAGUCACACUGACAUUAAUUUCAUUACCCCUUCUCUCUCCUGGCCUGAGAUUGAAAUAGAUCUAUACACAGAGUUCCAGAGUGAAGACAAAUUCAGGUGCAUCGUCUCUUUUGCAGCACAACAGCUCAAGCAGCCACGCCCCUCUCAUAUUCAUUUUAUCAACAGCAACUAACUCUGAACAGCAAGAUGAAGAAAGCAGAAGAGGCAAUGAGAAUCAGAUGGUUUCAAUUCCUUCUUCUGUUGGCAAGCACUUCACUUCUCAAGGCUCAAUCUAGAAGAAGGAAUCUCACAGAGAUUACCUAUCGGUUCACCAACUGCGGAGCAUCAAACCACGAUGGCCCCAGGGUAAACACUGAGUGUGGUCGUUUAUAUGAACAGAUAAACUCGCCAAUUGUAACCGAUCAAACCUUGUUUCAAUUCGAGCAGCAAGAUGGUCAAUACGAUGGAGGACAGGGAUUUCGCUUACCAAGAAAUGACCUCUACAACAUCACCAUUGCUGGAGCCAGAGGGGGUGAGGGUUUGUGCAAUUUCAAGUAUGGAUUGGGUGGAGUGGUUGGCAUGCAAGUUGAACUGACUACUGACUACGAGUACCUUAUCUUGGUGGGACACAGAGGAACCAGUGUGUGUGAUGUACCCGAUAAUGCAGACAAUCCGAUAUGCCAACAACCAAGACCAAGAAACCUCACAGAAGCGGAGGUUUGCGAAGUUGAUUGGAAUAAUUGGAUAAAUGAAGCACUCCCAGAAGGUAACAACGCAGCUCAUUUAAAUGGUGGUGGUGGUGGAGGUGGUGCUAGUAUGAUUUGGCCGAGGAGAAAAAACGAUUCAGAAUUCACUGAUUUGCCGAUUGCAAUAGCCCCAGGAGGUGGAGGGGCCUCAGCUGUUUUGAAUUACGAAUCAUUAGAACUUACACUCAUGGGUCUACUCUCAAAUAUUCCAUUUAAUUAUCCGAGUAAUGGUACGAGUGAGGAGAUCUAUAGGUUUCACGUGAAUGCUCACAUCACUCGGUACAACUUAAACUGGCCAGUAGGAGCCAGGGGCACUAGGCCAGCUGACUCUUUCGUGACUACAUCUGGAUCAGGUGGAGGCUGGACUGCAGUGGAGGGAUUUCCUUUGUUGGAAGUGGAUGGAAAACUGUUGAGUCAACCAAACAACUUUGCACAAGGUGGCUUUGAUUGUUCAUCAAGUGUUCCAAGUAAAUCCCGUGUAUUCACUGGUGUAUUCGGUGGCUAUGGUGGUGGCGGAGGUGGGUGUGACUCCGGGGGAGCGGGAGGAGGCUACACAGGAGGGCACGUUGUUCGGAACUCAAAUACCAUACCAGGAAGUGGUGGAGAUGACGGGAUAUUCAAUAGGACCGAGUUACCUCUUGCAAGAAUGCUGGGAAGGAAUCACAAUGAUGAUGAUGGAUACGUUGAGAUAGUGUCCUCCAACUGUGAGUGUGCUGGACAGUGUGUGGUGUACCCUGAGGAGAAGCAGUUUGAGUGCUUGUGUCCGAAUGAUACUCUCCUGGCUGAGGACGGAAGAAGCUGUUACCAAGAAAGAGAAGUAGCAGUUGAAGAAGGAGAACUUAUUUCCAUUCCAGACAGCUAUAAUGUUCGAGAACUUCGCCUCACUGCAGCCAUAGGACUGCUCAGUUUGAGUGUGGGUGUGUCUGUUGAGCCAGUCAGGGUGACAAAACGUCAGGUUGGAGACAUGCCACAGGGGGAGAAUUGCUUGAUUGUCCUAUUUGGAGAGAGUUUGGAACAAGUAGUAGUGUCGGAAAGCAUCAGAGGGUCUGGUACAAUUGACACCCUCUCUGUAAUCUCAUUGGACGCUACUGGCAACAUCACACAGAGAACAGACCCUGUGAGGCUACUGCAGAGUCCUGUGACAGUCACCAUCGUGGUACUACUGAGCUAUAGGGACUGUAGACUAGCUAACAACACGAUUCCAGCUAACAUCAGCAUCAUUACUCCAGAUACAGAUGUGGACUUUCAGAACAGGAAUAUCUCUGCUGAAUUGCUCAACAGUAUAGCACGAACCACAACGGUGGAGCCUAGCAACAGUAUAGCACGAACCACAACGAUGGAGCCUAGCAACGAUCGUGGAUUCAUUGCAAGUGCAGUGGUCGGAUCAACACUGGGGGUAACUCUGCUGGUGGUUUUGACUGCCGUGAUAAUAGGUGUGGUCUACUACAAGGUCCAACAAAGAAGAAAAAUAACACUACUCCAUCUCUCUGAAGACAGACACCAAAACAACUAUUUCUUGAAAACAGAGUCUUUACAGCUCAAUUCUACAUACUCAGAGUAUCAAAUGACUCCCAGCCGUAGAGUACCCACUAAUAUUGAGGAGCCGGGAUAUGAGACGCUGCACAUCGACCAAUCAGAGGAUGGUAUUUUUCAGGAUAAUGCAGUUGAUCUGGUUGUUGGGUCUCAUUCCAGUGCCCUGUUCCAGCCUAUACAUGGAAUCAAGACACCAUCCGUGGAUUUCUGUACCUAUAACAGACAGCGAUUCCACAACAAUGUGCAGCAAUGGCAGUACCCUCGAUCCAAACUAACCUACAUGAGGGAACUAGGGGAAGGACAGUUUGGAAAAGUUCUUCUCAUGGAAGCUAGAGACAUAGCUGGCUACACGGGUAAGAUUCCAGUGGCUGUGAAGACACUCACAAGUAGAGACUCUGCUGUUAUACAAAAGUUUGUCGAGGAAGCUGAACUGAUGAAGAAGUUUACCCACCCAAACAUUGUCAGCUUGUUAGGUUUCAUUGGACAGAAGGAAGGUGAGGACAGUGCUCCUCUGAUGAUCCUGGAGUACAUGCAGUAUGGAGACCUCCAUGGAUUCCUAGUAGAUAACAGACCUGGUCCCAACAAGCCCUCACCCCUGAAGAAGCUGCAUUUCUACACCUUUGCCUAUGAUGUUGCUCAUGGUCUAGAGUUUCUGUCCCAGCACAAGUAUGUGCACAGAGAUGUGGCAGCGAGAAAUUGUCUAGUUGGUUCUGGACUCCAGAUCAAGAUAGCUGACUUUGGUCUGGCACGAGGAGUGAACAACAAGGACUACUACAGAGUAGCUGGCAGUGCCGUGUUACCUGUGAGGUGGAUGGCUCCCGAGAGUCUGCUCCUCGGAAAGUUCUCUUCAGCCUCUGACGUCUGGGCUUAUGGCGUUAUGAUUUGGGAGAUUCUAACGUUUGGGCAACAAGCUUUGCCUGAUAUGAGUACUCAAGAUAUCGUUGAUGCAGCACAGAAUGGACAUCUUCAACACACCAGACCUCCGGGUUCCCCUGGUGAUCUGUGGGAGCUUGUAUCUGACUGUCACCAGUUGGAGGUGGAUGAGAGGCCGUCAUUUACUAAGAUUAUCGCCAUGGAACUCUUCAACGUAGUCAACAAGAGACCACCACUCCCGAGUUUCGCUUCAUUGACUGCCAUACCAGAGAGUGAGCAGCCAUCGCUAUUUACAAACAGUGGACAUCUAUAGAUAGACCUGACUGUAUGUGUAUGUGUGUGUGUGUGUGUGUGUGUGUGUGUGUGUGUGUGUGUGU